AUGGGUCAACCAGCGCCUUCAGAUGAUCCUUAUGGUUCGAAAAUCGUAUCAACAUGCCACAACGACACAUAUCCAUUCAUCAACCCGGAGAGAGGUGCAAUUUCCGAUAUCAAAGUGCUGGUUACAGGCGCCUCCAAAGGCAUUGGCCGCGAGACUGUCAAAUCUUUUGCGCGUGCGGGCGCUUCAGCCAUCGCGCUGCUUGCUCGUUCACAACUUGAGGACGCCGCGAAUGAUGCCUUAGAGGCGGCAAAAGCGGCCGGUCAUAAAGAACCGAAGAUCUUGAAACUUCAAGCCGACAUGUCGGAUCCUGCCGCGGUCGAAAGGGCAAUGGAUACAGUAGCGGAAGAAUUCCAGUCACUGGACGUGGUUAUUAACAACGCCUCGAGGUUGGAGAAAUGGGUUCCGCUGGCCGAGACUGAUAUCGAUGAUUGGUGGUUAACAUGGGAGGUCAACCUCAGGGGGACAUAUAUCGUGACUAGGGCUGCGCUUCCCUUGGUACUUAAAGGGCAGUUAAAAACCAUCGUCACACUAACUAGCGCCGGGGCAUUUAUUUCAGCGUACGUACUCUCCUUGCCCAUCCUAUCCCAAAUCCUCAAUUACCCUUCUUCAAAUGAAAAGAACGAUACAGAAGGCUUCUGA